AUGCAGGCUGUACCGUCGUCAACCACGCCUGGUCCUCCUUCAGCUUCUCCUGGGACGGAUAUCACUGCCGGCACUGCUACCUCGGCUUCAGAUACGACCACCGACGUCUUCGCUAGCAGUGCUACCGGCGAAGCUCCAGUGCCAGCACCCCACCAGAGCCAUCAGAACAGCAAUCCUUAUGCUUGCCGCGACUGUGGGCGCUCAUACUCACGGCCGGAGCACCUUGUUAGACAUGUCCAGACGCACACCUUGGGCCGGCGCUUUGCUUGCGAAAUCUGUAAAAAGUCCUUUGCGCGGAAGGAUCUUUUGAGGAGGCACGUUGCCAAUCAUGAGAACGACUCGCCCAAGAAGCGUCAACGACUGGUUUCAGCUCCCAACUCCAGCCGCGUCACCCAGGCCUGCCGCCCUUGCGCCGCUGCUCGAGUCAAAUGCGACGAAACGAAACCGUGCAGACGCUGCGUCAGCCGCAACUUGGCAUGUUCGUCUUUCGAGACCAGCCCAGGUUCUUCUACGAACCUUGUUCACCUUCCCGCGAGCGGGCAGGACACUACUGCACAAAAUCAGCCAAAUAGCGGCCCCUAUAUAGGAUCUGCAGAUUCGAAUUCUACGCUCCAGAAUACCCCUAUGAACUUUAUCCGCGAUAACAUAACCAGCAAGAGCAGCCCUCUCAUAGCUCACCCAAAUAACUCGACGAAAGCUGGCCCUAUGGAAUUUAGUAACAUUCCCUUCUUCGAUUUCCUGCGCGAUGUCCUGUAUCAACAGCCAUUAGAUCUGCCGCGGCCAACCGAAUCUCAAGGUCCAGCCGUGUUGGAUUUCUGCGACGACAUGGACAUGGAUCUUACCGAUAUGGACUUUGGCCUUCUGGACCACUGGAAUCUAGAUUUAGAGGAUGGCGGUGCUCUGAUAACACCUACCUUGGCGGGUCAAAACCCUCAAAACUCGGCUGAAAUGUCCCGGAUGCGACAGAAUCUUGCCAACGUCUGGGGAGAAUUGCCCUGGAAGUGGGAGCCGACUGCUAAGGAUAGUGGCUAUACAGAGCAGGGCAACCUGCCCAUUUCCGCCAAGGACCUUUCUAAUGCGCAGUUUCAAGAAAUCAAGAAGAAUCUCGAGCGGGUUGUAGACCAGAAGUUGAAUCUUUCCAGCCGCGAUCAGAUCCUGGCCAUUAUAUUAAAGACUUGCCGAGAUGCUUCGACGGCUGGCCGGGUGUCCGCCUCAUUUCCAACAGUGGACGUGAUGGACACAAUGAUGCAAGUUUUCCUAGCCGCCCAUAUCCGACAGGUAUCGACGUGGAUACACUUUCCUACCCUCAAACUAAAUUCAUUAUGGCCCGAAUGGGUUGGAAACGCCGUGGCUGCUGGCGCUGUGCUGAUGCCGACCCCGACGUUACGCAAGUUUGGAUUUGCUAUCCAAGAGGCAGUUCGCAUUACCAUACCUGCAAGAUUUGAGGAUAAUAACACCGCUAUCCAAAAUCUCAGUUUGGUUCAAGCGCUCAUUUUGGGGCAAGACGUUGGUUUAUGGAGCGGUAACCGCAGAAAGAUGGAGAUCGCCGAGUGCCAUUUGGUGAUUCCUGUGACGAUGAUGAGAUAUCGACGACUGUUCCAGCGGCACAUGUAUCCUACUAUUGUGGUCGAUCCCUCGGACGAGGGUGAAACAUUAGAACUAAAGUGGACGAAGUGGGCAGCUGCGGAGCAAUGGAAGAGGCUGGUAUUCCACUGUUACAUCCGAGAGGCCCAGUUAUCCAUGACAGCAUUGACAAACCCCUGCAUGUCAUAUUCUGAGUUGACACUACCACUGCCAGAACGGAAGGAGUUGUGGCUCGCAAAGUCGGCAUCUGAGUGGAAGACACUUUAUUUAUCGGGAACGGCUAGACAACAGAAUUCAAAGUUGCCGUCAAUCGCUGAUGCGUACAGAGAUGUACGCCAACUUGCCGAAAACUCUGCACGAAUUGACAUGCAGUUAUCUGUGUCAAUCUUUCUCCACGGCUUUUGGUCAAUGAUUUUCGAAUACUCUCAACUAAGCGUGGUGCAUCAGUUCCGUAGCUACAGCAAAGAACGGCCCAACCCCUUGCUUAACUCCAGGCGCCAGGAGCUUAUAAGAGAACUGCAGUCGUUUCAGUUCGCUUCUUCAGAUUUACAAGACAUCACCCCUCAAGAACACGUCAUUCUCAACCUUCUCAUGAUGCACCUUUACGUGUCUCUAGACGACCUACAGAUAUUCUCGGGCAAACAAGGAGAAGAAGAGGCCCGCCGUAUGUACCCCAUUUUGCAACAGUGGACAGCUAGCCCUGAGUCUUGGUGCGCAAUUUGGUGCGCGGGACAGAUUUUACGGUAUGCCAAGAUGUUUGCUCUCGGCCAGCUGAAGGAUUUCUACGCUAUAGCAGUCCACCAUGCCGCACUUGCUCUGUGGACGUAUGGUGUUGUGGCUCGAGCCAGCCAGCAGCAAGAUAUGGCAUCGCAGUAUGGAUAUGAGCCCAUGUACCUGGACGAGGGUGAUAAUGCCACAUCGAUUCAGCAUUUCUUGAGCUUUGGGCAAGGGAGGCCCCUUAUCCAGGGGCCCACGGGGCCAAGCUCGGGAGCGGCACCCGGCGAUGCAUCUGUUUAUGACCCUCGUGCAUGCAUGGAUAUUGCGCAAGAGAUUUUGCAGACGAAUUUUAGAAGACCCCAAGACGCCUUGCCGCCUCUCGUGGAGAACCUCUGCCAGCUAAUCAAACAGCUUGGAAACGCGGCUUGGGCAGUCGGCUUGGGCUUCUUCCGCUGGCCGUCGCCCCUACCGCAAACCGCCGUCGCGGUCACGGCCACGGCCGUAGCCACGGCGACGCUGCUGCUGUUUGCCAGGUCGGCGCUGCGGCCGCGGUGGGGCAAGGCGCUGCCGAACCCGCUCAAGACGACGAUUCCGAGGCUGCCGAGGGACGAGGUCGAGGGCCUGGUCUAUCAGCCGGACGCCUUUCCGGGGGCGAGGGACGUUGAUACGCCGUAUGGAUCCAUCCGCGUCUAUGAAUUCGGCCCCGAAGAUGGCGAAAAGGUCCUGCUCGUCCAUGGCAUCAGCACUCCCUGUAUAACCCUGGCUCUAAUCGCCCACGGCCUCGUUAAACGCGGAUGUCGGGUAAUGCUUUUUGAUCUCUUUGGCCGAGGUUUCUCAGACGGCGUCGGUGAUCUCCCUCAUGAUGAGCGCCUUUACACCACGCAGAUGCUUCUCGUGCUCGCCUCAAGCCCUCUUGCUUGGACUGGAAAUGAUGCUUUCCGCCUUGUUGGAUAUUCCCUCGGCGGAGGCAUCGCCGUUCACUUUGCCACCACGUUUCCUCAUCUCGUCUCGUCGCUGGUUCUGCUCGCCCCUGCUGGUCUCAUCAACGCCGAUGACUUUGGCGCCAUUUCGUUGUUCAUCUUCAAGUCCGGCUUCGUGCCGGAGAGGAUCCUCGCCUACUUGACCCGAAUUCGCCUGCAGCAACCCAUCGCGGCCUCCCGAAGGGCCAAAGACGUCUCACCGUCCGCAGCAGCCGCCGACAUCGCCGUCGCAGAGGCUACCGGCACCAGUGAGACGCAGAAAACUGACGGUUCCUCCAUUCCCCUUGAGCAGCAUGUGCUCAUGUACGUCCGAUGGAUGGCCCUUCACCACACCGGCUUCAUCCCUGCGUUCAUGUCCGCGAUUCGGUACUCGCCCUUGACGGACCAGCAUGAUAGCUGGAGGCUCCUUGCGCGCCGAAAGCCAGGCUCGACGAUGGUCCUGUUGGCGCAGAACGAUGAGAUUAUCGACGUGAAUGGUUACGAGCACGAGGGUCUUCCUCUCUUGGGCGGCAAGGACAAUGUGGUUUGGAGGGUUCUUCCCGGCACGCACGAUUUUGUGAUGACGCAUCCGGAGAGCAUCCUCAGGGAGAUGGAUGAGUUGUGGAAAUAG